GCAUCACAAAUAGAAAAUCUCUCUAUGUUCACAAUUGACAAGUCGAAUAAAAAAAAAACGGUACAAGUGGAGAAGAAAAUAAAACAAAGGCAGGGGAGACGAAAGGCCUAAGCGAACGAACAAGCAAGGAAAGAAUCGAAAGUCAAUUUUGGGAAUUUCGAUUUCCGAUUACGUUUUCCUCUGUUUUUAAGGUUUUCGAAGUUUCUUCCUUUACAGUUUGACAUACAUAGCCUUAGCUUACUUUCCCGUCUACCAACAGAAUACACACAUUUCUAUGCAAUACAUCUCAACCAGAAAAGCAUAAUCAACUACCUCCAAACCCUUUAUCAACUUUUCCCCUCUUUCUCUCGGGCACAAUUCAUCGACAGGGGGUAUCCGUAGGUGGCCAGAGUCGGAGGAGAGGGAGCAGGCAUGGCUAAUAAUGCUGCAGCAUGUGUUGAUAGGGCGACCAGUGAUAUGCUGAUUGGUCCAGACUGGGCAUUAAACAUAGAGUUAUGUGACAUUAUUAACAUGGACCCUGGGCAAGCAAAGGAUGCGCUGAAGCUGCUUAAGAAACGGCUAGGGAGUAAAAAUCCCAAAAUACAACUUCUUGCGUUAUUUGUGCUAGAGACACUCAGCAAAAAUUGUGGGGAGAAUCUAUUUCAGCAGAUUGUUGAGCGUGAUAUUUUACAUGAAAUGGUCAAAAUAGUGAAGAAGAAGCCCGACUUAAAUGUGAGAGAAAAGAUAUUAAUCCUAAUAGAUACUUGGCAAGAAGCUUUUGGGGGACCUGGAGGGAGAUAUCCCCAGUAUUAUGCUGCAUACCAUGAACUGCGGACUGCUGGAGUAGAAUUCCCACCCCGAGCAGAGAACAGUGUACCCUUGUUUACUCCACCCCAAUCUCAGCCAGUAGUUCAUUCUGCUCCAAUGUAUGAUAAUGCAGUUGUUGAGGCUUCUCUUCAAUCUGAUGCAUCUGGUCUCAGCUUGGCCGAGAUUCAAAAUGCUCGUGGACUAGCAGAUGUGUUAAUGGAUAUGCUUAAUGCGUUGGAUCCAAAAAGUCCGGAGGGUGUAAAGCAAGAUCUAAUAGUUGACUUUGUCGACCAGUGCAAGUCUUAUCAGAAGCGUGUGAUGAUUCUAGUUAACAGUACAGCAGAUGAAGAGCUUCUAUGCCAGGGGUUGACAUUGAAUGAUGAACUGCAGCAUGUGCUUUGUCGGCAUGAGGACAUAGUGAAAGGAACCCCUAAUGUGGGUGUUGGAGUGACAGAAGCCUCAUUCGCACCUCUUGUGAAUGUCAGCCAUGAGGAUGACGAGUCAGAAGAUGAAUUUGCCCAGCUAGCUCACAGAUCUUCAAAAGACAAUGCACAGGGGCUGUCUAGGAAACCUGGCAAUGGUAAAAAUGAACAGAAUGUUAACCCACUCCUUCCUCCACCCCCUUCGUCAAAAUGGCCAGUUGCUACAGAUGCUGGCUUGGUUGAUUAUCUCAGUGGUGAUGCCUCAAAGCCCUCUGUAGUUCCUUUUAAUUUGGACAACACACAGACAAGCUCUCUAUCUCCGCCCUCGGAUGCAAAGGACUCAACCUCAUCUUCCAAGUUAUCUGGACCACCCAAAUAUGAUGAACCUCUGCAAACUGCAAAGUCUACUGAGAAGCUACCUCCAGCCCCUUGGGAUGUCCAGUCUCCGACCCCGCUACCACCCCCACCUGCGAAAUAUAAUCAGAGACAGCAGUUCUUCGAACAACAACACGGUGUGCCAUCUGGUGCUUCACCUAAUGGUAGUGGAUCAGGACUUUCAUAUGAUGGGUUAAUCGGACGGACACAGUCUCUUUCCCUUAAUCAUGGGAAGACAAAAUCUCAGGACUCGACCACGUCAACAAAAUCAGAGGAUGCCCUCUUCAAAGAGUUGGUCGACUUUGCAAAGACCAAGACCUCAUCUUCGUCUAAACCAGGUGGUAAUAGGUCAUAUUGAACUUUAGUUGGGAGCUCUGGAUUACUCAUUAGUAUUACCUUGCAUGCAUGCAUAUUGGUUCAUCUGGCUUUCGUUGAAUAAAAGUGGAUGGGAGUGGUUGUCUAUGUUAUUUGAUGCAGGUUUUGAUAUGUUUCUGUGGAGUUUAGUUUUUAAGAUUGGUGACACUGGGUUGACUUCCAUUUUUGGUUGCCCAGAUGUUGCCAAAGAGAGGUGUAUUCUUUAUUCGAGAUGGGAGUGCAUGUAUAUUAUAGUGGUUUUGUUCUUAUA